UUAUAAUUAGUGCAGAACACUGUACCUUUAAUUUAAAUGCCCUUGGAGUCUGCUGGGGCAAGAAGAACUAAUACUGUCAGUCCAGUUUAUGUCAUGCAGAUGAGUGCCCGUCGAUCUUAGAAUCACCGCACCACUUUCAUCUCGCGCUCAUUUGGGCAGUCACGGGGCCAAAAACCAGAGUGUGGAGCCACAGUGUGGCGGUGGAGGCAAGCAGCAAUGGGCAGGCCAUACAGCACCCAUAUGACAAAAUGGACAAACCACCGCAGCAGUGAUGAGGAGACCUGAAAGUGGCACAUGGCAGAGUUGUGGCGAUGGAGACAAGCAGCAGCUAUUGGGAGGAGCCGUACAGGGACCCAUGACACACUUUGGACCUCUAGGGCAGCAGCAAUGAGGAUGGUACAGGGGCCCAUGACAGAUUACGGCCUGGCAGCAGCAUGGGAGUCCGUACAGUGGACCCAUGACACACUCUGGACCUGGCAGCAGCAAAGAGGAGGAGGUACAGGGGCC